GAAAACGAAGAAUCUCACAAUGCAAUCAACUGAGCACAAAAUUUGGGAUCUUUGUCAUUCUUUGCCCACCCAAAUUAUAAAUUCCGUCAGAUCACUUUCACCCUCCUUUACAAGAUUUUCAUACCCUUCACCAUAAUUGGGAAGAGGUCCUCUGUUUUGUGCUGUGGGCACAGACACACAGAGCAGUAAUGGAGGUGGCUCUGAUGCAGAGGAGGUUGGAGGACUAUACCAAGUCCCUCUUCAUGGAGGGGUUAUUGGAUGCUCAGUUUCUGCAGCUUCAACAGCUGCAGGAUGAUAGCAACCCUGAAUUCGUGCGAGAGGUUGUCUCCCUCUUCUUCGAGGAUUCCCAGAAGCUGCUCAACGAUCUCACCUCUGCUCUGGAUCAGCAAAUUGUGGACUUCAGAAAGGUUGAUUCGUACGUUCAUCAGUUGAAGGGCAGCAGCUCGAGCAUAGGGGCACAGAGAGUAAAAAACACGUGCAUAGUAUUCCGAACUUUCUGCGAGGAACAGAAUGCCGAAGGGUGCGUGAGAUGUCUGCAGCAGGUUAAACAAGAGUAUUACCUUGUGAAAACCAGGCUUGAAACUCUUUACAGACUGGAACAGCAAGUUGUGGCUGCCGGCGGGUCCAUUCCAGCAGUAGAAUUCAACAGCUUCUGAUACCAAAAAUCUUUGCACACGGGACACAUAAAAUCUUUAUCUCUUCGGAGCUAUCCGAUAAACGGAUCUAAUGUGUUUCAAUAUCGAAAAGGACAUGGAGAAUUUUUUCCCUGAGGAUGUUGUAAAUCAUAAAAUGUUCCGACUGCCAUGAACUGUACUGACGUCAGUUGUUCCAACUGCCAUGAACUUUACUCUUUGAUGUUCUAACUGCUGAACUUAUGACAUGGUGCUUCUCU